AAACCAAUCUCAAGAAAGUUGUCUCCAUUGCUGUGCUCCCUUUUUGCACCUCACAAUCAAGAAGAAGGCUUUCUUUCACUUUGAUCGAUCUCUAAUUCACUGCCACCAUGUAUCCACCAAAGCCAAAUGAGUACUACCCGUCACCGGGGCCGGCCAUGCCGCCUCCACCGAUGGGUGCUGCAAACCAGUACUACCCGCCGGCUCCGAAUACACUUGCAGUGACUCAAGAACCUCAACCAUGGUCUACCGGACUCUGCGAUUGCACUGAUGACUGUGGCAACUGUUGCAUGACUUGCUUCUGCCCGUGCAUCACGUUCGGCCGGAUCGCAGAGAUUGUGGACCAAGGAGCAACUUCAUGUGGAACAAGCGGGGCACUGUAUGCAUUGCUGGAGUACUUCACAUGUUGUCAUUGGAUAUACUCAUGCUGCUACCGGUCGAAGAUGAGGGCACAACUCCACCUUGCAGAGAGGCCAUGCAAUGACUGCCUUGUCCAUUGCUGUUGCGAAUCUUGUGCUCUUUGCCAGGAAUACCGAGAGCUCAAGAAUCGUGGUUUUGACAUGACCAUAGGGUGGCAUGCAAACAUGGCAAGACGGGGAAUGAUUGUACCACCAGUCAUGCAAGGCAGCAUGAUGCGCUGAAGGGUCUUUUAUCACACGGUCAUGGUGUGCAUGGUGUGCAUGCCAAGUUGCUUGUUACCAAACUCAGAACUUGUGUUGAUAUGCUGAAGCCAUGUCUUGUUUCUCUCUCUCUUUCUAGAUAUUAUUUGUUGUUGUUUUUUCCUCACCUGAAAUAAAAGGAUGUGAUUCAUUAUUUCAUAUAUAUUUAAAAUGCACUGAUUCUUUUUCCCCUUGGGUUAAAA